ACUUUAGCCACUUGCCUACAGGGCACUUAUACCCCCUUCCUGCCCAGGCCAAUUUCCAGCUUUCAGUGCUGUCACACUUUGAAUGACAAUUGUGCGGUCAUGCAACACUGUACCCAUAUGAAAUUUUUAUAAUUUUUUUGUGACAUAGAGCUUUCUUUUGGUGGUAUGUACUCGCUGCUGGGUGUUUUAUUUUUUGCGCUAUAAACAAAAAAAGAGCAAAAAUUUUGAAAAAAAAAAAAAGUUUUUCUUUGUUUCUAUUAUAAAAUUUUGCAAACA